AUGACACCCUCUCGCCGUCCCAUGUCCCCGCGAGAACGCCAGUCCAAACGCUCUGGCUCCAGCUCACCCUAUGCCUCCGCUCACUCGAUGCUCACGCGGACUCGGGCUCGAUAUAAUAAUCGUGAGCUUGAACCGCCACUUGUUCCACCUUUGGCUCUCCUGCCUCCCGCAUUGUCUUCGUCCACUCACUGCGACUCGCGCAUCUCUCCGUCGCACGGUUCGUUCAGGCCUUCCGAACACUCGACGCUUGAGCUCGAGUCAUCGCUCGAUCUCCUGCCUCCCAUAGCUUCUUCGACUACUCACAUUCUUAGUGUCAUUGAUCAUCAUCAUGGUGACAUUGAUUCCUUCGCGGAUGCUAUCAAGAGUAUGGUUUUGGAAAGUCAUAAAGCAUUAGACCGAUGUAUCAGACAGGAAAUUAGUACUCGAGACAGCCAAAUCAAAGAAGAGCGAAGGUGGGCGGAGAAGAAUACUGAACUUGCAAAGGAGCAGGACGCUCGAAUGCAUGAACUGGAGCUUCACUGUGAAAAGAAAGAGCUUGCUUCGCGGCAGACAUUGGAGAAAUGUCAGGUGCAGUUAGAUGUACUUCGACGCCGAAUCAAGGACUCAAGGUCUGCCCGAGAACAAGAACAUCGUUGCCCUAUCUGCAUUGACUUGGCCUGGAACCCUCACUUUGUCUUGUGGGCAUAUGUUCUGCGCAAGGUGCAUCAGUCAAGUCAAGUUCACCGCACUCCAAUCUUUGGAAAUAUGUCGAUGUCCUAUCUGCAGGGCUCGCAUAUCACAGAAGCCAGCGCCAUCUCUGACUAUUCGCCAGGGCGUUGA